CAAGUGUCAUUUGCAGUCUGAUUGCGCCAGUGCUGGCACACAAGCGCUCUUGUUUUUGUGGUGUGUGGAGAACUUCUCACGGCGUGCUUUAGUAGAGCCGGUCUGCAUUGCGUCGAAACCCUCCAACUCCUCCUCCUCCUCCUUCUCCUGCUGCCCUCCCCCUCCCCUCUCCUCUACUCUCUUCUCCCUCACCUCCCCUGCACUUGCAUGUAAAAAUGCACAGCAAAAACUUGCUUGACAUUGUGGAGAAAACAGUUGGACGUCGCUGCUGCUACUUGACUGUCAUCUGUUUCAUUUUUUGAUUUCUUUUAUUCUGCCCUGCGAGCCGCGCUGCAACACAUUCUGCCCGUCAUCUUGUCUACUCGCAAAAAAAGCAAGCAGAUUUCUGCUGAUGCAGUGAUGUCUGGAAAUGUCAAGGGCUCGCUUAUUGCCCCUUAAUGUAUCUCCCCCUCCUGAAUUGCAGCGCAAGAUUUUCUCCUGCGGUAUACUGUAAGCUGUUCACACCACCGUGCCGCCGCGCCAGCAGCUCCCGACGCUGCAGCUCUGCCUUUCUCUCUUUUCGCUCCUUUUUCCAUCUCAGGCUUUCCUCAUUAGACUCUCCUGAUUUUCAUCUCGUUUCUAAAGAUUUGAGGACACUUUGCGACGGACACAGUUAGGAUGGCGAUGAGCACAGUGAGGCUCUUUUUGGUGGUAGGUGCAAUGUAAAGUUACCACAUGACACCCACUGCUGCCCUGUCGUUGGAUGAUUUUACUCGAGGAUAAGACGCAUUCAAGACCUUUCAAGAUCAGCCCACGAGGCAGCAGUAACAACAGCAGCAGAUGCACUGGAGAGCAGCAAUGGUCAAGUCAGCGAGAACCGCAGUGGAGCCGCACUGAGGCAAAGCAGCCAACCAGCCCCCUCGUAUCUGGGGACAUCUCCAACAAUUUAAGGGGUGUGGGAAGCUGAGGAGUGGAAAAAUUUGCCCCGAACCUGAAUGCCUGCUAAGUUAGACUAACCGGGAUCCCAACACAACUCCUCCCCCCUCCACCUCCACCUCCUCCUCCUUCCCAAAAUGACCGUGGUAGCAGGAGAUAACAUGGACGACACCUCGGCUGUCCCAGGCCACCCUCAGGACACCUACCCCCCUGACCACAACGACCAUGAAUGCUGCGAGAGGGUGGUCAUCAACAUAGCCGGUCUCCGGUUUGAGACGCAGUUGAAAACUCUCUCCCAGUUUCCGGAGACGUUGCUUGGCAACCCCAAAAAGCGGAUGCGGUACUUUGACCCUCUGAGAAAUGAGUACUUCUUCGACAGGAACCGCCCCAGCUUUGACGCCAUCCUCUAUUACUACCAGAGUGGGGGUCGACUGAGAAGACCAGUAAAUGUCCCUUUGGAUAUGUUCUCAGAAGAGAUCAAAUUUUAUGAGCUGGGAGUGGAUGCCAUGGAGAAGUUUCGUGAGGACGAGGGUUUCAUCAGGGAGGAAGAGCGUCCUUUACCUGAGAAGGAGUUCCAGCGUCAGAUAUGGCUCCUGUUUGAGCACCCGGAAAGCUCAGGCACUGCGAGAGGGAUCGCCAUAGUGUCUGUGAUGGUAAUCCUGAUUUCAAUAGUCAUAUUUUGUUUAGAGACUUUACCACAGCUGAAAGAGGACCCGAGGGGUCGAAUGGUGACAGUUGGUAACACUACUGUUUAUUAUAAGCCAAAUAUCCUCACUGACCCCUUCUUCGUCAUUGAGACUCUCUGUAUAAUCUGGUUCUCCUUUGAGUUGAUUGUACGCUUUCUGGCGUGCCCGAGCAAACCGGCCUUCUUCAAGAACAUGAUGAACAUGAUCGACAUAGUGGCUAUCAUCCCCUACUUCAUCACACUCGGCACCGAGCUGGCCGAAGACCCAGAAAAGGAGGGAGUGGGGGAGCAGGCAACAUCUCUGGCCAUCCUCAGGGUGAUCCGUCUGGUCAGGGUGUUUAGGAUCUUCAAGCUGUCACGACACUCCAAAGGACUGCAGAUUUUGGGGCAGACCCUCAAGGCCAGCAUGCGAGAGCUGGGAUUGCUGAUCUUCUUUCUGUUCAUUGGAGUCAUCUUGUUCUCCAGCGCUGUCUACUUUGCUGAGGCAGAGGAGCAAGAUUCCUACUUUGGCAGCAUCCCAGAUGCAUUCUGGUGGGCUGUUGUGUCUAUGACAACUGUGGGCUAUGGGGACAUGGUCCCCGUCACUAUAGGAGGCAAGAUUGUAGGAUCUCUGUGCGCCAUCGCCGGAGUGUUGACAAUUGCGCUCCCAGUGCCUGUCAUUGUGUCCAACUUCAACUACUUCUACCACAGGGAGACCGAGGGAGAAGAGCAGGCCCAGCUGCUCAACGUCAGCAACCCCAACAUCCCCUCUGAAACCAACUCCAGCCGCCGUAGUUCGUCCACCGUCAGCAAGUCAGAGUACAUGGAGAUUGAUGGAGACAUAAACAAUAGCAUCGACAACUUUAGGGAGGCAAACCUCAGAACUGGCAAUUGCACUAUAGCCAACCAAAACUGUGUAAAUAAAAGCAAGCUGCUUACAGAUGUUUAGACACUAGUUAAGAACUUUGGGAUCUCUGUGGGACUGUCAUAUGUGGAGUAGACCAUCAGUUAGGAAUGCUUCAUUUACCUCCUCAAAGCGCUCUAUGGCAUUAGGCCUACAACUAUGCUCAGCUAUAUAGAAAGGAAAAUCAAAGAUCUUAGAGUACAUGACAGGUAGAUAGAAUAAUUAAUUCUUCUGAUCCUACAAAUAUAUAGGUACAUCAAAAAGAAAACAUCAACUAUUACGCAUCUACACGGCUCCCUGGAGGACGCGGAGCACACACUGUCUAAUCAGAUGACGGCGUGAUAAUUAAAAUCUUAUGCAUGGAGUACAGAUAACAUUUCAGCAAGUUGCACAAUGCACCAGAAAAGUCUGCAGAGACAUGCAAGCACCUGCAGCCAAAGUGGUAAGCGCCAAGAAGUUAGGUGACCCCCUCCUUGCUCCCUCCUCCUCCUCCUCCUCCUCCUCUUCUCUCCUCCCUCCCUACAAAGGAUAUCUACUAUUCAGCAAAGCACCUUAUAGGAGGAAGACUGAUCUCUCUUGUUUGGAUGUAAACAGAUGGUGAUCUACUCGCUUCACGGACAUCCGCAAUGCUGCUGUUUUCCAGCAGAUGCUGUAAUUGUGAUAUCACCAAGUGAUUCAAUGCCAUGCCCUUUAGAUGCAACACAGCACAACGUUAAAGUGAGCUUCACAUGAGCAUGAUUAGAGACUUUCCAUUUUGAUAUCGGCAUGCAUGAGACAUAUCUCACAUAAUGGAAAGGAUGUUCUUUUGGAUACCUGCCUCCAUCCUCCCUCCCCUCCUUGUCAUCUGUUUUCAUACGAGUGCACUGGAUGAGUUUCUUAAUUUGAAAUGCUAAUCAUUUAGAAGUAUAGAAAUUGAAUGUUAAAACUUAAGGGAACAGUACAUAAAUGAGAUCAUAGCAUGAAAAAAGUAACCUGCAUUAUGGUCUAUCGACUAAGGUACUUUUGUAUCCUGGUAUAUUUAAUGCAUGACAUGAGUAUUCAGCUUGUUGCAAUUCAGGCACUCUGCAGUGCCCUAUUGUCAGGGAAACUAAGGAAAUCAAAUUCUGGAUGUUUCUGAAUUGCGAUCAAAUAUAUCCAAACCCACCUUGAGGAUGCAGAGUUUCUAAUUUAAAAGUAGUCGAAGAAACUGAAUAAAUAUUAUCAAAAAUGCAUAUAAUUAUAAUAAGCACCAAUUACAGUAUUACGUCAAUAGUGCAGUGCAUGGACCUUCUUUGAACAAGAAAAGUUAACAUAUCAUUAGUCAUGCUUCCAUUUCCACGUCAAAUUUGAGUACAUAUUGGUUUGAAAUCCACAACGGAAAAGGAUCGACACCAAAUUUCACUUCAUAUUAAGAGAGAAUUAUUCUGACAUUAGUUGCUAGUGCCUUUAUCCCUUUCACCAACAGGACCAGUGAAAGUGCCUCUGUGUACAAUGGGAUUUGCGAGGUUGAGCAGAGCUGGUUUACCUUCUGUUCUCGUGUUGAUACACUGUUGGUUACGAUGUUAAUGAUGCCCGAUGAGCAAGGUUGAAACAGCAGGUGAUUGUGGUCAAAAAAACAAAACAAAACAAAAAAAAACAAAAACAAAAGAUAAUCCAUGGCUGUUUUGCACAACCCAGUUUUCAUGCUGUCACGCACUUAAUUAUGCCCUUAAGCAGCGAUGUAUUGUACUCUGCAUGUUUACCAAUCCAAUUCAAAAGGGAAUAUCCAUAGGUUUUUAACAUAGUUUAUUUAUGUCUCGUUUCUGUUCGUGCACCGUGCAUCCUUUCAGGGUCUCUACCUCAGUGAGGUCAUUGCAAACUUGCUGCAGAGCUGCAAGCUUCAAUGCAGGGCUUCCUAUACCAUAAUGCAAAAUGGAACCUUAAGUGUAAACUGCAGUCAUGCAACAUUGAAUGUGAGAGUCCCGAAGUAUAGCCUUUACACAAGCACUUAGGACAAAUAGUGUACCACAAUCCCGCUCCUUUUGUUCACUUAAAGCUACGCACAAUCAAACAUUCAUAUGUAGAGAGUUUGUAGAGAUUGCUUGGCUCUCCUAACGAGUUGAGAUUGACUGUUUUAUAUGUUGGUUUCUUUGAGAUGACGGUAUCAGACGUUACUGUCGUGUCACAGAAACACACUUCAACGUGUCUGAACACACACACACACACACACACACACACGUGUAUGAGACAGUGGAGUUAUGGUUCUUAAGUCUGUCAUCUUGCGAUUUUUGGGCAUUAUGAUGCACGGCGAAGUGCAGCCCGUCUUUUUGCACAAUCAUUUUGUUCUGCUGCUUGAUUUGUUUUCUUUGUCACUGUGCUUGCUCAUGAGUAGUGCAUUGUUUCUCAGCAUAUUGUUCCAGCCAGGCUAACUGCAGACAGAUUUGGACAAAUUGUAACGACUACUUGAAAAUCUCCAGCUACUGUACAUCAAUCUACACUCAGUACUGACAUGAAUUCAAAUGAUAGUAAGACUUUGCAAUGUACUGUAUUUAUUUUAUUUUAUUUAGCUUUCUCCUGACAACUUCCUGUAAACUAAAAAAGCUCCACUGCAGUGCUACUUGAAUGUCAUACAGUUGUUUCUGUUGGUGCAAUGGCUAUCCUUUGUGGUGCUAGUACAGGACUACCAUUGUUGUCUUGUUACCAUCACACGUUAUUUCAAACAAGACAUCUCCGCAUUCUCUAGUUCCUGUUUUGUUAUCGGUGGCUGGUUGGGUAGAUUAGGGCACUGUUUGUCAUUUUAUUUGGAACUGAUCUUUGUACUGUACCGCUGAAGAGUGUCUGCCUCAGGUGAGGUAAAGAACAAAAAAUCAAGAGCCUUGCUAGAUGUCAGUAACUCAUCAUGAGAGCAAAAAAGAUACACAUUCGUGUCAGGGAUCUUCAAUUUGUAUAGGGUUUCUCAUACAGAAGGACAUCAAUAAUACCUAGUACCAUAUAUUAUAUUACUAUAUAUAGAUACAAGGAAAUUAUAGUAGUCUCAUUAAUGCAGCUAUCAGGAAAUCGCUUUGUUCACGAGUUUCUUGUACGACUGAUGCUUGAAAGUAGUGAUGUGUGCAAGAUGUCCUGCAGGGAAGUGAGGUGAAGAAAAAUACAAAUGACGACCCCUCACAGGAGCAGUGCUGUGAGGGCAUGUGUGGAUGGUGCUAUGCAUUUACCCAACAGAAACAUGCAUUCUUAACAGCAAUAGAAUAACAGAUAAACUGUUUCUUAGAUGCUUUUUUGUAACAAAAAAAAACCCAAAAAAAACAAAAAAAUCUAUUUUGAAUGUUGGAGAAACUGCGAUCACUUGACAGAUAACUCACAACAGGGCUGUUUAUGUACCAACCUUUUACCCUCUGUUCUGUGAUUUUGUAAGGUCAGUGUGGUCAGACGUAGAGGCUCACGUUUUACUGAGAGAAACCCGUGACAUAUCCAAAUAUAGGCUUUGUUAUAGCGGCAGUCCCCCAUUGACCACCUGGACUGGAGUUUGUUGUGCAGUCAGGAACAAAAGGCUGCUGAAGGGUUCAGUCGAACCUUUAACACAGUCCCAAAGGAACGGCCCAUAAUGCACUUACAGAGGAUCUAUCAGCAGUUCGACCGGACUGAUCAGCCGUGUGAGAGAAAGUCAGAGAAGGUGCCUAAAUUGUUUUACAUAUUCAUUUGUUUAGCUUAGAUGUUAAUGCUUCUGCAAACAAACACGAGUGAGAAGAUCUAAAAAAAUAUGACGACAUUAAUCUAAUUAAAGUAUAAGAAAAAAAUGAGAACAAAAUGCAAUUUAGCUACAAUAAGAUAGAGAAAAGUAACCACUAUAUACCACAAUUACCUAUGAAAAACAACUUUAUGUGUCUUUAUUUUCCUUUUUUGUUUUGGUGGCACUGUAACAUGACCGAUUUAGGAAGAACAUGCCAUAUAGUGGAAUAUCAAAGACAAUAUGUUCCUCUGGCAAGCCAUGAAAAUGAAUCUACUGUAUUAUGAUCAAUUGCUAUACACUAAAUGAUAUGGACAAGAAGUGUACUAUUAUAUAAAAAAAACUAUGGUUUGUCUUUUUGGUUUUAAGAGAAAAAAAAAAAAUCAUUCAAACACCAUGUUCACAUUUCUCCAAUCUCCACUGCUGAACCUACUGCUAUAAUGUAUCUCUACAGAAAACCUACUAAUCGCAAAAAACUGCAUGGUCGAUGGAAGACUGCAUGAGUUUUGCCUUUCAAAACUGUGGAUCAACUAUAAUACAGUUGCAUCAUUUUAAAAAAGAAACCCUUGCUUUCAUCCGCACCAAGGCUUCCUGUAAGGCCCUGUUCAGAAACGCUGUCGUGAAACGUGUCCUCUGCUGGAUUUCUUAAAAAGCACCUUAGCGCUGACCUCAUCACUAAGACAGCGUUGGGUAUCCGAGCCGUGCUCAGCGUCCGCGUGUGAUUUUCAGGUUGUGCUCGCUAGGCUCUGAAUGUGAGUGAGGACAUAAAGGGCUAGUUUCUCAAACUUUAUCUCUAUUCUAAGACUGAAACGCUCUUUCAAGUGACAUUUUGCCCAUUCUUAUCUCAGUCUAGACUGUAGUGAUACUGUGUUGCUGGAAACGUGCCCGUCAUGUCUAAACAGGGCCUGUGUCACACACACCCUCCUCUGUACUACAUUGGUUUUAAGGCAUUCUUGUUUGCUAAAGGUGUCGGACUGCUUUCUGCCUGCUGAGGAGGCACUGAACAGGAUCAAAUGUCGGGAUGUUGUGUACCUCACUCGCCAAAGGUGACUGUCGACGAGAAGAUCUUGUUUGUGUUAGAAGUGUGAUGGCUAUGAGUUUGUCUUUCCUGUCAAGAAUGCACAUUUAAUUGCUUGUAGGGAAGUUUUGGAGCAAAGCGCAAAAAAAUGGACUGUUGAACUCUUCUGCUCUUCUUUUCAUCCACAAGCAAACCAAACUCUGAUUGUGUUAUCUAAUCCAGCCGUCAUUGUCAUGUUGUGUUUACCAAGGAUUAUGCUACAAUGUGUUCAGUUUGUCAGAUGAUGACAAAGGCAUGGUCUGUGAUCUAUGCAAGGGUUAUUUGUUUUUUUUUCUUAUAUCACUUAUGAUUUCAUCUUACAUUAACUUCAAUAAAUUUUUA